AUGCGCUCUUCAAAUCAUAUUCGCUCGAUGCCCUUUUCGUGGUCGUGCAGUAGCGACGUCUUGAUUGUGUUCGGUCUCAUACUAUCACUUUACCCUGUCGAAGCCUCGGAGCCUGCCCCAAUCGUUGCGACAACAAGUACUGAUUUCUUUGGUUACGAUGGUUCAUGGUCUGCCAUCAGUAUACGGGUUGGGUCGCCCGAGCAAUAUCUUUCUGUGUUUCCGAGCACACUGGGUCAAGAGACGUGGGUAGUAGGUCCCGCAGGCUGCGAUGGAACCUCGAUCUGUGAGAAUAAAAGAGGGGGUUUGUUUUCUGCGAAUGAGUCGUCUUCUUUUAAGGCUCGAGGCUUUUAUGAGCUCAACUUUGAUCCUCAGCUGGGCGGCACUGGGGACGGAUACUAUGGCUUGGACACUCUUUCCCUCAACGAUGCAGUCUCUGUGCCCGAUCAAAUCGUCUCCGUAGUCAAUUCUACCGAGUACUGGGUCGGAACCUUGGGGCUCGGAGUUCAACAGACUCGCUUCAGUGGCUCCGAGGCCAUCUCACCGCUCCUAUCGAGUCUGAUUCAGAAGCGCAACGAUAUCCCGAGCCGCAGUUACGGCUAUACAGCCGGGGCAGUCUAUCGCUUAAAAAGUGUUCCAGCCUCAUUGACCUUUGGGGGAAUUGAUGCGAAUCGAUUCGUGCCGAAUGAUAUGAGCUUCACGUUAAGCCAGGACUACUCUCCGAUCGUUGCCAUCAACUCGAUAUCGGUCUCGUCUGGGGCCGGGGCUUUACCUUCUAAUUGGGACUCCAACCCUCAGACGCUUCUGGACAUGUCUCAAGCCGACUUAUUUACCAUCGACUCGUCAACUCCAUUUCUUUGGCUUCCGGAAUCAGCAUGCAACGCCUUUGCAAAUGCUCUAAAUCUGACCUACGACGACACUUUACAACUCUACCUUUUCCCAUCGGACAGUUCAUCAUCGCCUACUGCUCUCAGUGCAUGGAAUUUGACUUUUACAUUCGCCUUGAGUAAUUUGCCAGGCUCAUCCAACGAGAUUGUACUCACGUUACCAUACGACGCAUUCAACCUUCAACUGACGUAUCCGUUCCCAAAUCUUGCUGCAAACUUUACCUCUCCUCCCACGAACUAUUUUCCCCUGCGCAAAGCAGCCAAUUCCACACAAUAUACCAUCGGUCGAGCCUUCCUGCAAGAGACCUAUCUUGCGGUUGACUACGAGCGCAACAAUUUCUCGAUCUCACAAGCAGUGUUCACAUUGGAUGCCGUUAGCAAUGUCAACCUCUUGGCAAUCUCCCGACCCGCAGACAGCACAUGGCCAGGUCCUCCAGCAGCUGGUGGACUGUCCACAGGCGCCAAAAUAGGGAUUGGAGUAGGAGCCGGAAUCGGGGCGUUGCUUGCCAUGGCACUGGCUUUGUGGUUCUGCUUGCGGAAGAGGGGUGCGUCGGGCGGUCCUGGGACGGAGAAGGAGAAGAGACGGUCAUUGCUCAGUCGACUACAGCGGAACCCCGACUCGAAAACGUCUGUUUCGGAAUUGCUGGGGGACAAACGUCAGCCGACCGAGGUACCUGCAGAUCCAUCCGUCAGUCGGUUCGAACUGUCGGGCCACACGCCCAUCGAAAUGCCGGCUGGUCCAGUCUCCCCGAGUUUCUUCGAGGGCAAUGAUGGCCCACGUCGAGGUUCGGCGCUCAUGAGGAACGAUCCAAGAAGACCGGCAGAGCUCGAGCAUCAGCACUCGUCAAACAAGGCAGCGGAAGCGGCAGCCGCAGCCAGCGAAAGAUCUGGCUCGCCGGUGCCCCCGUAUUCACCAGCGGAGAUCAAUCAUCGCUUCAGCGCCAGUGUCAGCCCCUAUAGUGUCAGGCACAGUCGUGCAUUUGGGACCGUGUCUUCCGAUGACCAGGGCAUAAGUCCAGUGGGUGCUAGCCACUCCCGGCGAUCCAGCAAUACCAACAGCAGGAGUAUGUCCAGUCCAAUAUCACCAGAAGUGGCGUCAAGAUCACAAGCACAAUUGCUGCUUGGAGAAAGUACCAGCCCAACAACGAGCACCAGCCAUGGUAGCCUGUUGGUACCACAGCUUAAUGGACGUCCUCCUUCACGCUCGCCAAGUUCUGGUAGCAGGUUUGUCGAGGAAGGACUCGGCACUGUGACGGAAGAACGUCCUGCUGGCCCACCUGCGCGAAAGAAUCCUCCAGAAGACAGAUUCAGCUGGGAGCAAUGA